GAUACACACAUCGAUGAUGACAAAUGAUUUGAUCGCUUUCUGUAUCCGUUUCUCUUUAGUCAAGUCGGACAGGAGUGAAAGUGGACGUUCGUCUUGGCACACGCUCGCUUACUGACAUUUACGCUCUCAACACCAUCACACCAUGCACUGUGUGAGCAGAGGAGGCUGCUACCUGGUGAACUCCUACUGUGAUCUGCAGGAGGAAAACCAGUGGAGGAAGGAGAGCUACCAACAAUGCUGGCUGAGCCUGGUCCUUGAAACGAGGCCACAAUACAAGCUCACUCUGUCAGAGACGGACAGCAUUCGUAGAGAGAGUUACAAGCAGCAACAGGUGACCGACUUCAUGGUGGAGAGGAGUCCCAGCCGGACACUGAGGCUGAGCAGCAACAGCAGAGUCGCGGCAGAGCACCAGCUGCCCUUCUUCAACACCAGCCAAAAACAUCAUGCUACAUCCACCUUCGGGGGCAAAAAGCCAGUCAUACAAGGGGAGGGGAAUAAUGGAGUGGGUAAACAGGAAGUGACAGCCAUAACUCAGGACCUCAGCAAACCACUGAGAGUGAACUUCAGAGCCUCGAGUCUGAUGAUCUCACCGAGAGAAAUCUCUCAUCGGGUGCAGAGGAGGGAGUGAAGCAAGGAGCUCCAACGUAUUUCAAAGUUCAGAAAGUAUGGUGUGGCCUUUGUUGCCGUGAUUUACUCAUCGAUAUUAAAAAAAGAAAGUUGUACAUUGUCUUAACUAUUUUAACUGAGACAUUUGAACAAAAAAGUACCUCCUGAUGAUAUGCUGCACGAGUACUGUUUCUAUGUAAGUAAAACAUAUCUAGGAAACAUGAUGUUUUUAGUAUCAUCCAAACAAAAGACCUAGACUUAAAAUAAAAGAUGUUCUCAUAAUUCAA